UGUGCUUCUGUAACGUGAAACCUGCUUGUGUAAUUUUACUGUUUUGUGUCUGACAUUCAGACAUCUGCAGCGUUUUCUCAGCGGAGGAGCAGUUCACAAAGAAGUGACGCGUUAGCAGAACGACGGUCAAAAUGCUCUCCUCUGUUGUUGCGAGAAGGCUGGUGACAGGUGUGUGCCAGGCAGCAUGGAGACCAGCAGUCACAGGGCUUUUACCAUCUCGUGGUUACCGUGGAGAUACACAAGACGACACCAGGGGAGACAUGAUCGAGAUCCCUUUGCCACCGUGGGAUGAGAGGCCCGGCGAGCCCACUGACAUCAAGAAGCGGCGUCUGCUGUAUGAGAGUCGCAAGAGGGGCAUGUUGGAGAACUGCAUACUGCUCAGCCUUUUUGCAAAGCAAUACCUGAACACAAUGAAUGAGAAUCAGCUGCAGCAGUACGACAGACUGAUUAAUGAACCAAGCAAUGACUGGGACAUCUACUACUGGGCCACAGAAGCUCAGCCCACCCCCGACGUUUACCAGGGAGAGAUCAUGGAUAUGCUGAAGGAGUUCACAAAGAACCGCAACCAUGAGCAGAGGUUGGAUGCACCCAGCUUGGAGUACCUGGAAAAGGAAAGCCGUUGAGGUCCAUCGCUCUCCCACCAGGAAAAAUGUUCAGCGCCAACUGAUUUUUUUUUUAGUUAUAAAAAUGAUCUGGCAUUGAAAAUAUUCAGAACCCUCUCCAGCACUACUAAAUAUUCUCCUCAUGAAGGCCUCCAUCUUCUAUCUCCCCUGCCAACUCCAGUCAGUCGUAUAAUGGGGAAGAAGACUCCUGGAAGAUGAGGGAAGUUGGAUCAAGCAGGAAUUGAUGUAACACACUCUUAGCAAGGUGCUCUGAAUAUUUUAACAGAAGAUUAUUGUAAAUUUGUGAUUCAAGACUACAUUAAAUCUGAUGAAUGUGUGCGAUGCAUACAGUUCGUCAGCUCUGACAAAUGGAAACACGCUGACGAUCCGUUUCUAUACGAGAUAGUCAAACAGAAACACAUGGACUCGCACAUUAGUGUGCCUUGUUUCCAUUGUCAUGGUUGUGUUCAAUGAUUUUAAUGUGCCUAUCACAGACAUUAUUGAUUAUUUAAUAAAUGGUGACUCUUUACAA